GCCUGCUCCUUGCUGCUUGUAAUUGGCACUAAUUGCUGUACUGUGUCUAUAAAGCGAGCUAUAAAGUGUCUAUGAUGGCACUGUCUAUCGAUGAUAUUGAUGAAAGUACAGUCCUUAUACAGACAGAAGGCUUUGGAAUAAAUGAUGAAGAAGAUGAACCGUGUAUGGCUGAACGAACCAGUCAUAUUUCAGCCCGAGUACAGCACAAAGAACCACCAAAAGCAUCAAACAUGAAUAACCAGGUACAUGUCAAUAUAGAUCAUGAAAUCAUUGAAGGCACUGGAGAGAGUCGGGCUCAGAGAAUCUUUCGUUUUUGUCUCUUACCUUUCUUUAUUUCUUGUGUUUGCAAUAGAAUUUGGGCUCUUGGUCUGUUGAUAUUCAAUUUUUGUUUUGGUGUAACCUUGAUUGUUGCUACAGGAAUGGGUCCGCUAGCAAAGUGUGGACAUUACUUCACUUACACUAGUAUUGGUUUCAUAGCUAUGAUUGUUAUUGCCUUCAUCCUAUCUUGUCUGUGUGUUAGCUUUGCUUGCUGCAAGGAAGACAAUAUUAUAGCCUAUAUAUACAGCAAACACAGUAACCGUCAGGCUCGUCUAUUCUUCUUUGUUCUCUGUUUCAGUAUUGUUUUUCUUUUGAUUCUUUCUGUUGAUUCAGUAUUUAUUUUUAUGAAGUACCAGGAGUUUUCUAUAUUUGGUGAUUGCAAUGGAAGCCAAGGAUUAUUGUAUGGUCUUUAUGUCUGGUAUGUACUUGUACUUUAUUUUAUUAUUGGAUGGUGUAUAGUGGUUGGCAAAGCAUUAAUUUGUGGUGAAAACUAUUUUUUCUUUUUUCAAUAUAGUGAAACUGUCAUUAGCAUGAUAUAGUUAUUAUUGCACUUUGUACAUUUUAAAUUUUGUAUACUUUGUCUCUAAAUUUAUUAUCAUUAAUAAAACUUUUUAUAAAA